UCAAGCGAUUUCCAUAUUCACAUUUGAACCUUUCAAUCUCAACUAUUGCAAAUCCAAAGGAUUGCCAAUACUCUCUUGCUUUACUAUGUAUUAUACCAAUAGUUCAACCGUGUCGAAGCCUCAGAAAUGGGACCCAAAGGAGGUGCUUGGACUUGCUUACGAUUCCUAUUGCAUUGGCUGGGCAACUACACGCGGCCGACAAUGUCAACGAUAUAUUGCCAGGCAUAAGUCCAGCCAUGGGCAAUGCAUUCUUGAUAAGUUGGCGUGUGAAAACGCCUCAAAGGCCGCAGAAUCUCCCGACCUUCCCGAGGCGCUAGAUAUAAUGUUAUGUUGGCAACACACCGGCCAAUCAUCCGGCAUUUUAAAGAAGUGGAAAUAUAAGCUCGAAAACUACGCCCCAGAUUUUGAUGAUUAUUCGAAUGAUGAUUCAGAUGAUGAGUCGUCUGCUCUGUGGAGCGAGUCUGGGCUUGACGACUGGAGACCAAAGAAACUCUAUACCAAAAAGGAACCAACAAGCGACCCUUCGAUCGAGGAGUUGAGAAAAAUGAUGAAGCAGAUGCAGGAUAAUCUUGCUCGCCUAGAGUCAGAAUUGCGGCGAAGAGGUAAACACGAUAUCAAGCAAGAUCACGCGAAAAUGGAAGCUGAAGAGCGCCAGAAGCGAGAAGCGAGACGAAAGGAAGAAGAGAGAAUACGUCAAGAACAAGCGAGACGGCAGGAAGAGGAGCAGAAACGCCAAGAAGAAGAACGUAGACGCCGAGAAGAAGAGGAACGUAUACGGAAAGAGGAGGAACAGAGACGAGCAGAGAAAGCUCGUGAAGAUGCGUUCCGCGAACGAGUACGUCUUGCAAAGAAAAGAAGAGAGGAAGAAGCACGAAUGAAGGCGGAGAAGGAAGCAGCUGAGUGGAAGGCGACUUGGCAACGCUAUUCCAACGCAUGGGACAAGAACGACAGAGCUACAAUAUUGACUAUACCUUGGCCAGUAAAAUCAGGGUUACAAAUAGACGUUACUGAAGCUAACGUGAGGUUAUUCUUUGCGAAGGCGCCACCAGCAGAUUUCGUAGACUCUGGCGAAAAACGAUUCAAGUUCAUCAACGCCGAAAACAAGAGAUGGCACACCGACAAGGUGAUACAACGGUUUGGCCGUGAGUUGGUGGAAGGUGACGCAAAGACUACGUUGGAUAUCAUCGCAAAGGUGGUUAUCGAACUGAGACAAGAAGCGCAGAGGGAGAGGUAAGUAGGGAGCGAAGCCUUAGAGCUAUGUCAUUUUCAUUGCGGAGAUACCCUUGUUCACAGGUUGUUCAAUUUCAAUAAUUAUAUUGAUUUUAUUUUUGUAUAUUGCUGGGUGGUGGCUUGAGAUGGUCGGUGCACUUUGAUUAUCUUGUACUUUUACAGAUACGAGUCUACGAAACUCUGAAGAAAUUGAAUAUCCAUGGAUAUUACGAAGCCCGUUUUGAUGUUGGAUGUACGAUUCAUAUUUGCCGGACUAGGAGUACCUAGUGAUCCUUCAUAGGCUAAAGGCCGUAUGGCUUAAGGUCUAAGGGACUGAAUUGACAAACUUCAUGAAUAUCAUCGAAUGAGAGUCUUAUUUCGACCAAGCCAAACGAUAUUAGAACAAAUUUUAAUUAAAGUAUCUCAUUGACA